AUGUGUGUGGGACCCUCCUGGGUUCCGGAGUGCAGAUCGUCAGAGCCGCUCGACCUAGAGAGGCAGCUCCGACGAUCGCUCGCUCGGAUUCUGGAGGUCAGGGCCGCCGCAGGCCGCCAGCGCACCUGGAUUCGGUGGCAAUUAACACUUCAUGCACUCGCGUCGCAUCCGCCACCAGCGGUCGGCAGCGAACGGCCCACUGUGGCGACGUGGGCGGCUUUGCUCAACGCUAUAGACACCAUCGUCAGCACCCCUACCCAGUGGGACCCCAUCCAUCCUCCCGCUUGGGGCUGGGGUGUCUGA